AUGGCUGUGCGGGCCGGUUGCAUCGAGUCUGUGUUGAAGAUGUUCGCAUCGAGCGAGAUUGGAGACCAGAAUUUGUUACUAAGUUUGGAGUACAUGCUAAAAUGUUCGCCGUCGGCGGCUCCUGUUGCAAUGAGGCAUGGUCUUGUCACAACCAUCGUCAGCUUCUUGAGCGACGAAAAUCGGAUGUGUGACUUCUUUGUCGAUGUCAUUGUAGGCAUAUUAGAAACUGUCGUCCAGCGCUUGCGCUGCGCAAGAUCUGAGCUCAUCGGCGCGGGAGUCCCUGCUCUUCUCAGACAUUGUGCCGAGACAUUUGUGUACGAUGAUGGCACCGCUGAGAGAGCGCAAUGUUUAUUGCAAGCACUUUGGUGA